AGACUGAAGACCUUGGGUUGUAUGACUCUGGAUGAUCUAGCCCAGUUUGACAGCCAGUUGCAGCUCUCUCUUGCUGCGUGGGGAUACUUUUACGAAGACUACAUCAAGCUGUCCACGGGCGUCAAGGUUCUCCAGGCCUCUAGGGGGAGCCGCGACCAGGACUACGAGAUCCAACUGGUGCACAGUCUUGCUGAAAGGCGCCUGAAGGAGAAGUGGUCUAUCGGUGAGUGCAAGGCAUCUGCCAUGGAUUAAGAGUGAUUUCAGUCACUGGCUGUAGAAGAUAUUGAUGCACUACAAGUAGGGCUGUGACUGGCGGCCAUUGCGAGUGUACCCAUAGGAGCAAAGCAGGAAGUAAAAGCACGAAGUAAAAGCAGGAAGUGUACCCUUCAAUAUGUGCUACACAUUUACAUGUUUAGUCAUUUAGCAGACACUCUUCAGUUAACAUAAUUUGAAUGAACAGUCUAUAUUACCAUGGAAAUUAGUGCAUCACAAUAUCAGGUACCCAUAACAUCUCCAGUGCAUUUGCCAAAGUUAGUUCCAAGCCCGUUAUAUUCAUUCUAUUUCUAUGUGUGUUGCUGCUGCAUUAAAGACUCAUUUGUUUCUUAUUUCAGCAAGGAGCAACAACGUGUCAUCAACUUUGUUAAUAUUGAUGGGGGGGGGGGGAAUUGGUACCGUUACAUAUCGGGAUAUUAUUUUUGACAAUAUAUUGUAACGUCGUCGAGACACAAUAUCGCAAUAUAAUGUUUGUGCUAGUUGGCUGCACCUGCACCAACAUUCCAGUAUUUUUCCUUCAUAGCUUGUUCCCAAUCUUUUUAAAUAAGCAGCAAAUUUGUUUUCAGCACUUUUAUUUCCAUGACUGAUCAAAACUAGUUUCUCAUGGCUCUCUCUUGUCCUUCUGCAACAGACAUAUGGUGAGCAAUAUGUUUGGAUCAUCGAUUCGCAAUUAAAUUCACAAUAUCGAAUCGCAAUACAUAUAGAAUUGUAAUAAUCACAAUAAAUAUCGUAUCGGCACCUAAGUAUCGUGAUAAUAUCAUAUCGUGAGGUCCCUGGCAAUUCCCAGCCCUAGUUGUUGAGUCCAUAUUACCGCAGAAACGGACUCAACAGCACGAUUGCUUGUCAGUCCUGUCUUCAGUCAGCUGUUCGUUAUGACGGUUAUUUUAUUUUCAUGGCGGUCUUCAUCCAUAACCAUCGGUUACACGGUUAUAUGGUCAUUAUGCCAGCCCUAAUUUCAUGUACCUAGUGUUUCACUUUUUUUUAUCAAGCAAUAGCCACACAGAUGAGCAACAGUAGGUCAUGCUUUGUAAAGGAGAAGUUGACUGUUACUACAGGGUCAUGUUAAGACAGUUAGUGCAACCACAUAAUGUGAAAGAAGGUGGCCUAGGCCUAGGUUGUUACAUUACAAUUCUCAUGUACCUUUUCCUUACCCUAUCCUAAUUUACAUACUGUAGCACACACUGAUUCUUAUUGGCUUAUACACUCCCAAUGAGCAAAUAGCUAUGCUUCCUAUGAUAGGUAUCUUCUCUGAUGCCAAGAAUAGCCUAAGUCCUAUUUCUGGAAAAGCUUGAUUUGCCUUUGUUGUGUGAUGCAUCGGUGAAUACACACGGUGUCCACACACUGCUGUGCUUGGCUAGUGCAGGACAACAUGGACCAAUUAGACUUUCGGAUUAAUGUCCAGAAUGCAGAGUCCAACAUUGGUAUGUGUUCUAGUUUUAAAGGUUUAUUAUCUACAGGUAUAACAGAAAGCAAAAGUGAAAUAUUUGUCAAUCCUCCAAGUUGGUCUGCAAGUAUGCCUGUGAGAAUGAAGGGCGUAGGCAGUGCUCUAAAUUAAAACCAUUCAUUUGUAGCACUGGUGGAGCACAACAUAAAAUCUAGGAGCACCAGAAAAUAAUAUAUAUUUUUGAAUUGAUUGAGAUCUAGCAUAUUGGGUGUAUAUGAAUUCUUGCUCCUUUUGAAGCACAUGUAAUAUUUAAACCUGUAAAGACAUUUGUUUAUUAUAAAAAGCUACAAUGUUGAUAAAAAAGCUGUUCAUUGAAAUUAGUCAUUUGUGUAAUAUUAGGUUUCUACAUUGUGCAAAAGCACUACCUAUUGAAAUGCAUUACAUUGAAAAUUCUACAAUGUCUCUUUUUAAGUUUGUGAGUGAUGACAUGCAAGUGAUCAGUCAUUCAUUCAUUGCUAUGAUCAUUGAUCUUAUAAAGAAGCCAUCCCUUUUCAUUUUUUUCUUUGCCCCCUAAUGUUUAGAUAUACUGAUAAAGUAACCAGGUUGUUAGCUAGCAAGCUAAUGAGGUAACGUGACUGAACAAGGUGUAAACAAAUGCUUGUGAGUGUUUUUGGAAUGACCCGCGACAUGGUUUAUGAACAGGGCCUAAAAACUAACUUUUUGGUCCACCAGCCACUGUGGCAGGUAGAUUUAAAAAAUCUACCAGCCACUCAGAAUUCUUACCAGCCAAUACAUGAAUUGACCCCAAUAACACCAAAAGCCAAAAAAAAUACUUUUGGAUUGGGUUUUAUUGUGCCACAAGCAUCUGUAUAGGCUUGUAGCUUCAUACUUUGAAUUAUUAAAGAGUUCAUUCUGGCACUUCAAUUAAGUGAUUUGUAGAGAAUAUGGGAUUUGAAUUCCACAGCAAUGGUUAAACCACAUCAGGAGACCACUUUUGAGGUCUAGGGAAGAAAAUAAAAACUAAAGCGAGGUGUUUGGCUGGCGGUGUUUCUGUACUGCAUGCUCAAUAGCAGAGUUUGCUCAUCAUGAUAUCAUAUCAUUCUGCCAGUUAAGCCUGCUUCCAUUUAAUUUGAGAAAUACAAAUCGCUGAUGCAUUCUGUAAUAUUCUUUACAUUUAGACUUUGGAUUGAAUGAAUCUGCGCUCACCUUUUUCUCUAGGGCACUCAGAAACAACUGCACAGUGAAGCCUAUCAUUACAACCGUCAUUAUCUGGGUGAUUUAUUUUUUUAUAUAUUUUUUCUGGUCGCACUGGUGCUCCCAAAAUAAAAUGUCAGGUCGCACAGCAAAAUAUCAAGGAGCAUAUGCGACCAAAAUAGUCGCACUUUAGAGACCUGGGCUUAGGGCACAUCAGCUUUGUGUGAAAUGUCUGUCAAAAGUCCUGUGCUGUGAAAGUCAAGUAAAGUAUGAUGUCUGUCUUUUUUCUCUUUCAGCGGGAGCUUUUAUAUUUGGCUGUACUGUGGCACUGUGCUUUCUGAUAAGGGACCUCAUGUUUUACGUGAUUGGUGAGUGAGUUCCACUGACAGUAGCUGUUUGAAGUAGGGGAUGGACGCCUGUCAGCCAGGCCUGGGGCCUAAACUAACCUGUCAUUAAAAUUAUCAGGAGGUACUUGUUGAAAAUACUAGUACAUAUUUGAACUAGUGAUACUGUUUGUGUGUCCCAAGACUUCCAGGCUUUACCCAUACAAUUACUGCUUCUCCACAGCUCAUUCAAGGAAAUAGACCUUAAAGGGAUAGUUCACCCAAAUUACAAAAUUGGUUUCCUUAUCCUGUAAGCAGUCUAUGGAGAAGGUAUCACGCCAAUCCAUGCUUUGGGUUAGUUUCCCUGGCACUGUUUCCACAUGCUAACGUUUUGGCAUUUGUGGCACAAAUCCCAUUCAAGUCAUGGGACCGAUAUUCACUUUUUUCGCGCAUCAUGUUCAAAGCAUCUAUAAGUAACUGUUUGAGCUUCACAAUCAAUGUUAGAUACUUUUGGAUGAAAGUGAACGAUCCCUUUAAAGCAUUCGUUGAAGUAAUUUUUCCACAUUUGCAUUGCAAAUGGUCUCUCCACUAAUAAGAUCAGAGCAUGAGACAUUAGAUCUUCUGAAAUGGAUCCGUGGCUUUCCCACGCAACCCGAUAUGCAUACAUUUAUUUUCCUGAAACGAAGACCUGUUCCGAAUGGACCUGAGGACAGUCAGACCUGUUCCGAAAAAAAGACUAUGGAAAACAGACUCGUGCUGGUUCGGAUCCGAGAGACCCGUUCAGAUCUGAGAAUAGAAAGAAACCUCCAACUCGGCGUUGCCAGCGCCAUUAAUAAACAAGUGAUAUUGGCCAAAUCAUCCACCAUUACGUGUCCUUAAAAACUGCCAAUAACCAAAUACAAAAAAACUAAAUGUGUUGUGUUUCGAUGUUCAAAACUUUAUAGUCUAUUGGUUUUAUUGGUUUUUACUUUCCUAAAACAAUAAUUGUCUACCGCACAGUUUAGCUGUCUGAGAUUUGAGCGCUAAAUGCAUCAGGGCAUUGCAUGCAUAUAGGCCUACAGGCUUAGGUGUCCACUGUAUGAUAUUCAUAUAAAAAAAUUAAAUAUUAAGGGAGACAAGCUUAGGCCUAGCUCUAGAGAGACCGAUAGAAAGAUAGGGUUUUGCCGGCGCCAUGUUCCGAACAUCGACAUGGAUUUCUUUAUACUUGUCUGAUAGGCUACUACUGCUAUACAGAUAUAGGCAUACAGGAGGCUAAUUUGUUAAUUUUCGAUCCGAAUAUGUUUUUGAAAGAUAAGCAUUAUGUUGUUAGCACAGGAGACUGCUGAGAGGAGGACGGCUCAUAAUGAUGGCUGGAAUGGAGUAAAUGGAAUGGUAUCAAACACCUGGAAAUCAUGUGUUUGAUGUAUUUGAUACCAUUCCACCCUAUUCCGUUCCAGCCAUUACCACGAGCCAGUCCUCCCCAAUGAAGGUGCCACCAUCCUCCUGUGAUUGUUAGAUUAUAGGAGUAACUCUGGUAGGCCUAAAACAUUCUUCCUCACCUCAAGUUCAACUGUGGGAGUCAGUUGGAGUACGCACUGCCGUCACAGGCCUGCAGUAGCUAAGCCUAAUAAUAGCCAUACCAUACCUUCACAAAAGUUGCUUAACUUAAUUAGGGUAAUAUCAAAAGUAAGUCAAGUCAUUGUUUAUAGGGAAAAUAUGAACAGGUUAUUAUAUUGCUGCAUUCAAUUAAGUUUUGCAUUUUGCCCUCUUUGGUUUUUCCUUUCCUUUUCAUUUAUUUAUUUUAUAUUUUAUUUAACUAGGCAAGUCAGUUAAGAACAAAUUCUUAUUUAUAAUGAUGGCCUACACCGGCCAAACCCGGACAAUGCUGCCCUAUGGGACUCUCAAUCACGGCCGGUUGUGAUACAGCCUGGAAUCGAACCAGGGGGUCUGUAGUGACACCUCAAGCACUGAGAUACAGUGCCUUAGACCGCUGUGCCACUCGGGAGCCCAUGGUUUGUGUGCGAGUAGCAUAGUAGGCCUUACGGGAAUACCGGUAAUUCUGUUAUAUUGCGACAAACAAUAUUACAGCUGGAACUUAAUUUGGCCACCGAAAAUGGCUCAACAGAAUGAAACGUUCAAAAAAGCUUUGAACAGGCUUAUAUUGCAGCUAUUACCAACAAAGGCGAUUGCCUACCGCAGGCCUACUUAACAAAUUACAGCAAUAGGCUAAUGCUAUUUAUUUUACAACAGGCCUACUUUUAACCUUAAACUAAAUACGGAUCACAAAAUUAAAAAGACAGAACUUAAUUUAGCCAACGAAAAUGUCUCAACAAAAUGAAACAAAACACUUUUUGCAUAGGCUAUGUAGAGAACUGGUUUAGAUUAUGAAAUAGGCCUACAAUAAUAAUACUAAUUAUUUACAUUAAUAAUAAUGACUAAACAAUUGAUAAUAAAUACAAAAAUAAAUAAAUUAAAGGUAGACAAUUGCAUCAAACCUGACUAGUGAGUUGCACACAUUCCAUUUGGCCACUCCAACGUUCUUCUCAUUCCCCUUGUCGGCUUCUUUUUACUAUACUCUUUCUCCUCUAACUUUCGUUUUACUUCAAUGAAAAAUAGCUUCAUCUUCACAAUCAACAGUAACCUAGGCCAAGGCUCCUUUUACUCUCUCUCUCUCUCUCUCCUCAGCAGGUGAGGUGAGCAGCUGGAACCAGUUUCAGUCGGACGUAACUAUAAGUUUUAUUGAGCUGCAAUUGGCUGACACAGAUAACAAGCUCGCUAAUUUCUCAUCACACAAACAGUAAAUUAACAGAGGACAGGUCCAGUCGGUAAAUCAAUUUGAAUUGCACAUACCCGAGACCCGUGCCAAUUAUAUCAGACUCAACCCAGAUCCGAGACAAAAGUCAGAAUUUAGGACCUGGACCCGCUCGUCAGAUCACAGAAUUUUGGGUCUGUUGGACCCGUGAAGACCUCUAUGAGCCAUCCUCAGUAUGCUGUGCAUUUAAUCACAUUUGGUGAGUUCAAAGAAGGUGUCUGACUGAAUGUCUCCCCCUGGCAGGUGGAAUUACUGUUUCCAUCAUAGCGUUUGGCUUUACCAUCAAGUUCCUAUGUGAGCUUGCUGCGCGGGUGGUUAGCUUCCUACAGAAUGAUGACCCUGGGAGGAGGGGCGACCGCAGCAUCUACGACUAUGUACGGGGGAACUACCUGGACCCGCGCUCCUGCAAGGUGUCCUGGGAUUGGAAGGAUCCACAGGAAGUGGGCCAGACUAUGAGCUUCCGUGUUCAGGUAAGAUCCUUUCCUACCUAACUGCUUGAAAUCAAACAUCUAGGCUACUUCACAGUCAUUUCUGGAUUUUAAGAGUUAAGUUUCUGUAUGAAACUAUGAUUAGAGCACAACCACCCACCUCAAAUAUUAAAGGUCCAAUGCAGACGUUUUUAUCUCAAUAUCAAAUCAUUUCUGGGUAACAAUGAAGUACCUUACUGUGAUUGUUUUAAAUUAAAAUGGUUAAAAAAAAGAAAAAAAAAUGCUUCUUAGCAAAGAGCAAUUUCUCAAGCAAGAAAUUUGCUAGGACUGUCUGUGAGUGGUCUGAGUGGGGAGGGGAAAACUGAAAACAAGCUGUUAUUGGCAGAGAGGUUUGGAGAGGGGUUAAAGUUCUCCCUCACAUUUUGGGACUAUGUCAACAAUGGACUUAUGAAACAAAUACCAAAAUAUAGUUUUGGGGUGGAGUUUUCCUUUAAGUUUCAGUCAUGCGAUAUGUUUACUUCUUUGUGAAACUCCAAGGGGGGGUUAGAACUCUCUUUUCUUAUGUGUCUAUUAACUAAUUGGCAAAAACUCCAUCCCACCAAAACAAUUUCAGGCGGUCUUUUCAAACAGCUCUUACACUAAAAGGACAUUAUCAUAAUUUUCACAGUAUUAUUCCAACCUUAUAGUGUAGAAAAUAUAUAUAAAACACAGGAAAAUCACGUUUUUGAUUGCACUGGGCCUUUAAAGAGAAUGUGUAUGAGGGAUACACUUCUUUUUGUUUCUGCGGAUUUUAAUCAGUAAUUCUGUUAUUUGUCUUGUCGGUUGGGUUUCUAUUGGGGCCAUAAAGCACACAAUGAAGUUUCAAGUUUCAAAGUUUAUUUGUCACGUGGACGGGACACAGCAGGUGUCAAAUAGUACAGUGAAAUGCUUACUUGCUAGCUUUUUCCCAACAAUGCAAUAUUCAAUAUCAAGGUGAGAAUAGACUGUUGGCACGAUGGUGUUCUGGCACAAGUUGUGGUGCUAGAGAUCCUGCCAUGGUUUGUCAUGGUUUGCUCUGACUUUCUACCCCAGCUCUUCUAUAAGAACGGCCAGCCCUUCCCUGCCCACCGGCCUGUGGGGUUAAGGGUCAACAUCACCCACAUAGAGCUGGCCCUAGACAUCCCCAUCACCCAGGAGGUUCUGCAGGAGCCAGAGUCCAAUGUGGUCAAAGUGGCCUUCACUGUCCGCAAGGCCGGACGCUAUGAGGUAGCUGUCAAACUGGGAGGACUCAACGUGGCCUACAGCCCUUACUACAAGAUAUUCAAGCCAGGUAAGGUCAUGACCUUUUGGACUGUGUAACUAACCCAUCUCAGGACAGGACUGUGCUAUAUUUGUAAGAUAAAUGCGAAGCAUGGGUGACAUGAGGACGUUUAAGUAAUGGAUAUUGAUAAUUGUGUUUUUGCUUAUGAUAAAGAACAGAACUUUGACGUUGCCUAGUAAGAAUGAAUAAUGGCCACCCAGACCAGAAAUGUUGAUACCACUGAAUUAUAAUGCUAAUGUUACUUCCAAUGUUCUUUCCAUUGCUUGUCCUCAUAACAUGAUAAUAAGGCAAUAUCAAUAUUUUUUUAAAUCUGAUUGUUUAUUAAAAUGUUUGGAAUUUUUUGUAUUAUGCUCUACAGCUGUAAUGAAUACUCAGGGAGAAAAAGGUGUAGAUUCACGCGCAGAGCGCGGCAGUUGUUUAUUACGCCUUCGCAGAAGGCAGGAAUCGUGGUCACAGGCAGGCAAUGGUCAUACACAGGUAGGCAAACAGGCAGGUGAAACAAAACUAGGGACUGAAGGCUAAAACUGGUUCUCACAAACGAGCUAGGAAAAGGCUUAGUAGAGUCAAAACGAACAAUACCUCACAAGGCACAAACAGAAAGAACUGAACUAAAUAAGGAGCUAAUGAGACCAGGUGAGUAACAAACACAGGUGAAAUUAAUGAACAAAAAUGAUAGACAGGGCUACGUUCAAGAACACAAAGAAACAGGGCUACGUACAAGAACACAAGGUGAACUAAGAAAACAAAUACAGAACCUUACAACAGCUUUGCUCAAUUAGCCUUGAUAAGUGUUGAAAACGGUCCCUUAACAUGGAAGCAACUUUAACCUUUGUGUAAAUUAAGGAGAGCUGAUUUUCUCAGUUUUCUCAGGGCCAUUGUAUGUAUUUUACUGGCAAAUACUACAUACUUUAAUUUGAAACAUCCCCUCAAUGCUCAUCUCUUCCCCACAUGUUCUGUGUCCAUUUCAGGGAGAGUGGACCCGUCCAAAACAAAGAUAGCCUACCACUUCUCCACCCUGGUCUUAGUAUAUGGCCAGCAGCAUACCCUGCAGAUCGAGCCUCGGGACGAGUAUGGCAACCCCACCAGUAACUCCACCUCACUAAUAGACGAAGUCAACUACAGCAUCCACGUCCACUCGGUAAGAACCCAACAUCACGACACGACACAACACUCAUACAACAGCAUAAAUUCAUUUGCUUACUGAUUUUAGACUGUGAAAGUGGACAAUGGGAAUCCAUUUUGUGUCUUCUUCCUCUCAGCUGGGCACGGUGGAUGACGACAGUCUGGAGGAGUACUACAGUAAGUCAGUGUCGUCCAACAAGCAGCUGUGCCAGGUACUGCUGAAGAUCACCCUGAGGAAGAAGGGCUGUUUCCGGGUAUGCAUCUCCUAUACCGACCUGCCCCUCAGCAACGGGGAGUUUGACAUCAUUGUUCUCAGUGGUGAGUAAGGGUCCUAUUUUAGGGUACGAUUACACAAGCCCAGGUGAAGGAAGAGAGAGUGAUAGGAUAGUGGAUCAAAUGGUAUUUCACCAACUUGCUACAUGUAUUUUCAGCCUAUCAUACUCAAAAUGAGAUACUCCACAAUGUAAUAUAUGUAGAGUCUAGACUUUCGUCUUGGUGUAGUAAAAGUUGUGGUUGUAGAGUUCUCAUAUCACCCCUUUGUUUCAAUUGCUACCCUUCCACCUCCCCCACAGAGAAUGAGAAGAACUGUGUGGAGAAGAACGUGUCCACCACAGGGAUCAGCAUCUACUUUGAGGCGUACCUGUAUGGCACAGGGAACUACAGUAACUACAGUAACUCCUCGUGGCAGCUCCCAGCCUCGGCUCUGAUGGCCCCUCAGAGACGGCCCUCCAUGGGGGACGAGGAGGACGAGCAUGACUCCCCUGUAGAGGGCCAGCCGGAGAAGGUCAAGAAACCAAAAAAGGUCUACUGCUACAUAUCGCCAAAGGUGGGUGAAGAGGGGAUAGAAAGGACGUUUUUGACUAGACAUACCACAUGCUCUACAGCUGGGUGUGUUGCAGACUUCUGUCAUUGACUAGACAAUUUACUUUUCUGCUACACAGCAACUGUCCGUGAAGGAGUUUUACCUGAAAAUUAUUCCAUGGCGCCUUUUCACCUUUCGAGUUUGCCCAGGGACAAAGGUAGGACAAGCAGCCCUGCUGUGAAACACUGUGUGAUGUCCACAUAAUACUGUCUGACCUUUAGCAGUAGGUUUAAUGAGCUUGUGUGUUCACCGUCAUCUUUCUGCCCCUCCAGUUCACAUACUAUGGCCCUGACCCCAUUCACAAGUACUUGACUCUUGUGGUGGAUGAUGGGAUCCAGCCGCCAGUGGAGCUGAGCUGUAAAGACAGAAACAUCAUGGCCGCCACCUUCAUCCGUUUCCUGCACAAGAAUAUCGGUUGGUAUCCCUCCUUUUACAAUUCAGUAACCCUGGGGUGUACCUGGUUAAAAUAAUUUUUUGGCCUCUGUAGAAGCAUUGAGAUUGGAUGGUUUGUAUGCUGUUGACAGGUGGCUCGGAGACGUUCCAGGACAAGGUGAGCUUCUUCCAGAGGGAGCUCAGACACAUCCACUCCAAGAGACCUCGCACCAAGACCUGCCUGAAGAUCACACGCCACUGCAUCCUGGACUCUGUGAGUGAACCCACCGUGCAACUAUUCUCCGAGCCACAGUGAGAUUAAGAACUGCUACUGUAGACUCAUAUGGUGAUAAUGAGUGUUAAAAUGACAACGUUUUAAAAUGUCUGUCUCUCCCCAGUCUCUGAAAUCCACCCGGAACUUCUCCGCGUCGGACUGGAGUAAGAACUUUGAGGUGGUGUUCCAGGAUGAGGAAGGUAAGAUCAACACUCAACAUACAGCAGAUGACAAGGCAGUCAACUGGUGUUGUGUGUGGGGAGGGCUGUUGAAUGACUAAGUAUGUGUGUUGCGUUGGUCCCUAGCUCUGGACUGGGGAGGGCCGCGAAGGGAGUGGUUUGAGCUCAUCUGUAAGACCCUGUUUGAUACCACCAAUCAGCUGUUUACUCGCUUCAGUGACGACAACCAGGGCCUGGUAAGACCUCCCUACUCACCAGCACAACUAACACAAUACGGCUAGGGCCAGUAUUCAGUGACCUAGUGCUGGGGUUAGCCAGUAGGAUAUUGAGGGACUGUGUCUGUCCGUCGUAUCUUCUCAGGUCCACCCCAACGCGGAGCGGCCGGUCCAUCUGCGUCUGAAGAUGUAUGAGUUUGCGGGCCGCGUGGUGGGGAAGUGCCUGUACGAGUCAGCCCUGGGCGGGGCCUACAAGCAGCUGGUCCGCGCUCGCUUCACCCGCUCCUUCCUGGCCCAGCUCAUCGGACUCAGGAUGAACUACAAGGUACGCCCUCCGCCUCAGUCCCACAUCCUCUGAGGACCUAGAGAUGGAACUCUCUUCCAAUGUUUACCUCGAUGCUUCGGCUGGUUGGAAAGGCGAUCUGUUUAUUUCAUAGCGUAUGAGUUGUAUAUCGUGGUGUUUGUAGAACACAUUAAGAUUUCACCCUGCCGCUUUAAGUGGUUAAGUCAUCCUUAUUGAUUCGCCGAGAUAGAAUGACAUGUUUAUUUAAAAUCCAUUUUCCUGUGUUUGCAUUUCAUUUUCCACGGCAGUACUUUGAGACAGAUGAUCAGGAGUUCUACAAAACGAAAGUCUGCUUCAUCCUAAACAAUGAUGUCAGUGAAAUGGACCUGGUGUUUGCCGAGGAGAAGUACAAGUCAGGACAGCUGGAGAAGGUGACAAGGGAACCUUUCUGUUUGACAUGACUUCCCUUAUCCACCAUGUCAUCUCACAGAAAAAAGAAAGCACUAACUAAACAGAAUAAUGAUUUCCUUGGCAGACUGCUUAGUACUCAUAGAAAGGCAGUGUAGGGUCUGUAUGUGGGUGCGUUGUCAGUCAUGUCCUGAGCUCUGUUACUCUGCAGGUGGUGGAGCUGAUAUCUGGAGGAGCUCAGAUUGCUGUCAACAAUGAGAACAAGAUGCAUUAUCUGAACCUGCUGGCCCAGUACAGGCUCGCCAGUCAGGUGCGAGACGAGGUGGAGCACUUUCUCAAAGGUAGGGAUAAAAACACUGAUAUAGUAUAGGGUCAUUUCACAUUCACCCCUGUGUCUAAUCUGGAAUCUCUAUGAGGGGAUAAGCAACCAAGCUUUUGGCAAUUAACUGUUUUGUGAAUUGCAGGUUUGAAUGAACUUGUUCCAGAGAACCUCCUGGCCAUAUUUGAUGAGAAUGAGCUGGAGGUAUGUUGAAUAAAACUCACAACUGAUUUAGUCGCUAAUUACAUCCCUUAUCAUACGUUCCAAGCUUACAUCCCUUGUCAUACGUUCUAAAUCUUAGUCCUAUGGCCCUGUAAUGUCUAAAUGUCUGUCUGUCCCCAGCUGUUGAUGUGUGGUACGGGGGACAUCAAUGUCCAGGACUUCAAGGCCCAUGCUGUGAUCGUAGGAGGGUUGUGGCACUUCAGAGAGAAGGUGUGUGACAUCACCUGGUCUGAGCCAUAGUAGAUGGUGAAAGAUACUGCUUUGCUACAGUAUUAUAUGGAUGGAGAUGUGUUAAAUGUGUUAGUGUUGAGCCCUGUGCUGACUGUGUUGUGUUGUGCUAGGUGAUGAAGUGGUUCUGGGCCGUGGUGUCUAGCUUCACCCAGGAGGAGUUGGCUCGUCUGCUGCAGUUCACCACAGGCUCCUCCCAGCUGCCCCCUGGGGGCUUCAACACCCUCUGCCCCUCAUUCCAGAUCAUCGCUGCUCCCACACACAGCACCCUGCCCACCGCACACACCUGGUGAGUGGACGGGCAUGCACGCACCCUCACAAACACACACACACACUCAGACAUGUACCGUGUGUGUGUGUGUAUAUAUAUAUAUAUAUAUAUAUAUAUACAUAUAUAUAUAUAUAAUAUACAUAUAUACACAGUGGGGAGAACAAGAAUUUGAUACACUGCCGAUUUUGCAGGUUUUCCUACUUACAAAGCAUGUAGAGGUCUGUAAUUUCUAUCAUAGGUACACUUCAACUGUGAGAGAUGGAAUCUAAAACAAAAAUCCAGAAAAUCACAUUGUAUGAUUUUUAAGUAAUGAAUUUGCAUUUUAUUGCAAGACAUAAGUAUUUGAUCACCUACCAACCAGUAAGAAUUCCGGCUCUCACAGACCUGUUAGCUUUUCUUUAAGAAGCCCUCCUGUUCUCCACUCAUUACCUGUAUUAACUGCACCUGUUUGAACUCGUUACCUGUAUAAAAGACACCUGUCCACACACUCAAUCAAACAGACUCCAACCUCUCCACAAUGGCCAAGACCAGAGAGCUGUGUAAGGACAUCAGGGAUACAAUUGUAGACCUGCACAAGGCUGGGAUGGGCUACAGGACAAUAGGCAAGCAGCUUGGUGAGAAGGCAACAACUGUUGGCGCAAUUAUUAGAAAAUGGAAGAAGUUCAAGAUGACGGUCAAUCACCCUCGGUCUGGGGCUCCAUGCAAGAUCUCACCUCGUGGGGCAUCAAUGAUCAUGAGGAAGGUGAGGGAUCAGCCCAGAACUACACGGCAGGACCUGGUCAAUGACCUGAAGAGAGCUGGGACCACAGUCUCAAAGAAAACCAUUAGUAACACACUACGCCGUCAUGGAUUAAAAUCCUGCAGCGCACGCAAGGUCCCCCUGCUCAAGCCAGCGCAUGUCCAGGCCCGUCUGAAGUUUGCCAAUGACCAUCUGGAUGAUCCAGAGGAGGAAUGGGAGAAGGUCAUGUGGUCUGAUGAGACAAAAAUAUAGCUUUUUGGUCUAAACUCCACUUGCCGUGUUUGGAGGAAGAAGAAGGAUGAGUACAACCCCAAGAACACCAUCCUAACCGUGAAGCAUGGAGGUGGAAACAUCAUUCUUUGGGGAUGCUUUUCUGCAAAGGGGACAGGACGACUGCACCGUAUUGAGGGGAGGAUGGAUGGGGCCAUGUAUCGCGAGAUCUUGGCCAACAACCUCCUUCCCUCAGUAAGAGCAUUGAAGAUGGGUCGUGGCUGGGUCUUCCAGCAUGACAAAGACCCGAAACACACAGCCAGGGCAACUAAGGAGUGGCUCCGUAAGAAGCAUCUCAAGGUCCUGGAGUGGCCUAGCCAGUCUCCAGACCUGAACCCAAUAGAAAAUCUUUGGAGGGAGCUGAAAGUCCGUAUUGCCCAGUGACAGCCCCGAAACCUGAAGGAUCUGGAGAAGGUCUGUAUGGAGGAGUGGGCCAAAAUCCCUGCUGCAGUGUGUGCAAACCUGGUCAAGACCUACAGGAAACAUAUGAUCUCUGUAAUUGCAAACAAAGGUUUCUGUACCAAAUAUUAAGUUCUGCUUUUCUGAUGUAUCAAAUACUUAUGUCAUGCAAUAAAAUGCAAAUUAAUUACUUAAAAAUCAUACAAUGUGAUUUUCUGGAUUUUUGUUUUAGAUUCCGUCUCUCACAGUUGAAGUGUACCUAUGAUACAAAAUUACAGACCUCUACAUGCUUUGUAAGUAGGAAAACCUGCAAAAUCGGCAGUGUAUCAAAUACUUGUUCUCCCCACUGUAUAUAAUGGUGUUUAUAGACAGUAUGGACAGUAUAUGAAUAGAAAAGGUGUGUACAGCAGUAGUUAUGUAGGAUGAGCCUUGACUAGAAUACAGUGCCCUUGACUUUUUCCACAUUUUGUUGCGUUACAGCCUUAUUCUAAAAUGACAAAGCAAAAAUUUUUAGAAAUGUUUGCAAAUGUAUAUUUACAAAAUAACAGAAAUAUCACAUUUACAUAAUUAUUCAGACCCUUGUUCUCCCCACUGUGGGUGUGUGUGUAUGUAUAUAUACACACAUGCACUCUUACACAUUCAUAUACAUGUGCUGUACAGUCAGUUUCAGUUAUUUACUUGAGUAAUGCACAGACACACUACACAUCUUGUAAAUACACACAUACACAACUGUCAAAUGACUGACUAUCUGUGAAUUAUUCUCUCUCUAGUUUUAACCAGCUGUGCCUCCCCACCUAUGAUUCCUAUGAAGAGCUGCACAAGAUGCUGAAGCUGGCCAUCAGUGAGGGCAGUGAGGGCUUUGGCAUGCUCUGAGUGGCCCUCUCCCUGGAGCUCACCCCCAGACCCCAGACUCUGGUCACACUGUGGUCCUGCUUAUACAGCAGGGGCGGUACCAACGCCACCAGCGCCAACCAGGCCCCUGGUAUGCCCGUUACCCUCUCAUUCCGCUUUGGACAAUGGACAUCCCUCCUCGACUCACACGGACUACCCAUGAUCCUCUUUCAGUGGUAGAGAGCAUUAAAGGAAGUCCACAGGAUGUCCCAGAAGGCUCUGGGAAGUCCUCAGGUGUCUGCACUAUGUGUAUAUACUGUACAUCAUUUGCUUUUCUAAUGAAGAAAAUGACCUAGUGUUUAAAAAGGCUUGGUAGUUUUAUUCUAGAUGUUAGAGUUGCUUAAUUGAUAUGUUUGAGACAGAAUAUAGAGCUAGUUAAAGAGCCUAAUGAGCUUGGUGUUGUAUUGGUUUUCUGAUUUCUUUUUUGUGGAAAACAUCGGAGGAACAUUUAAAUGCAAAAGCAUCCUACACAAAGUGUGGAGAAGCUGCGCACCCCAUAGCACUUUGGCCUUAACUGAUCAGGGAAGGAUGUGUGUGUAUAUAGUACGAAAAGUAUGAAAAUGUAUGUACUCUCUACUUUAAGUCGCUCUGCUAAAUGAUUAAAAUGUCAAAUGUAUAUACAGUAUAUAUUAUAUCACUCUUUAAUUUCAAUAUGUGUA